GCUGCCAAAUUUUUAGUGAACGCCGACGAAGCAUAUGUUUGUUGGCGCAGUUCUCUGGGUGACAGCUGCAUUUUUUUUUGUGCACAUUUUGCACACCGGUGUUUUUCCCGCGCACGAUUAUUUGUACAAAGCAGAGAAAUUUUCCUAAACAUCAUUAAGAAAUCAGAUUGCGAAGCAAACACACUGCAUUUAAGGCAAUUGCAGUCCAAAAAUAUAACGCGACAGAAAUUCCCCCGAAAAAACAAGCUAAAGUUGUGAAAACUUUUUUGCGUUUCCACAUUUAUCAGACGUUAAACAAACGAAAAAGAGAAGUAACGAGAAGAAAAAUAUAAAAACGUUUUAAGAAAGAUUGUUGAUUUAUUAAGAAAAAUAAAUAUUAAAACACAUCAGAAAUGCCACGCCUUGCAGUAAGAAGAAAAGCUGAUCCCAUCGAAGUUGACAACAAUAAUAAAGGUGAAAAUGAAGCGCCAAAAUCGAAGAUGCAAAGAUUAUCGUUUCAAUUGCCUUUACCACAGAGACCACGUGUUGUGGGGCGUGCUUUAGUUUGUGGCCAGGGCGACAUGGGCCAACUGGGCUUGGGGGAUGACGAGUCCAAAUUUGAACGCAAACGACCGGCUUUAUUAGAUAAAAUUACAAAUGUGGUAGAUGUUAAGGCGGGUGGUAUGCACAAUUUGGUAUUGACACAUGAUGGUCGCGUUUAUUCAUUUGGUUGCAAUGACGAAGGUGCUCUUGGCCGUGACAGCAGCGAAGAAGGCUCCGAAUUUGAGCCCCGACCCAUAGAUUUGCCCGGCAAAGUAUUGAAAAUCUCAGCCGGUGAUUCGCACUCGGCUUGUUUACUGGAAGAUGGCCGAGUUUUUGCUUGGGGUUCAUUCCGAGAUUCACACGGCAACAUGGGUUUGACACUAGAGGGCAACAAACGCUUACCCAUUGAUGUUUUGCCUGGUUUGACUUGCUGUGACAUUGCCUCGGGAGCCGACCAUUUAGUUAUUUUAACUUGCCAGGGCAAAGUGUAUACUGUGGGCUGUGCCGAACAAGGGCAACUGGGUAGAGUAUCUUUGAGAUCUGCCUCCGGCGAGGGACGUAGAGGUAAAACAGAAUUAUUGCGUCCUGGUCUGGUAAUAGUUAAACGGGGCAAACCUAUAGAAGCUAUAUGGGCCACGAACUACUGUACUUUCCUAAGAGAAUCGCAGACUGGCAAUAUUUGGGCAUUUGGUCUAAAUAAUUACAAACAAUUGGCCUAUGCCAAAGACAUGUCCACCAUAAUCAAUCCUAUAAAUACGAAAUUCGAAAAUAUAAAACAGAUUGCUGGUGGUCAACAUCACACUCUAGUACUUAAGGAAGAUGGCUCGGUGUUUGUGAUUGGUAGAAAAGAUUAUGGCCGUCUGGGCUUGGGAUCAGUACCAGAAGAUGUUACAGACCUACAGCCUAUAGCUGCUUUAAAAGGCAAAAAGAUUGUAAGUGUUUCGUGCGGUGAGGCUCAAUCGUUUGCCCUCACUGACGAUGGAAAAUUAUACUCCUGGGGUAUGGGUUCUAAUCACCAAUUAGGCACAGGUUCAGAAGAUGAUGCUUUGGAGCCAGUGUUGAUUGUUAGCAAGCAGACAGAGGGAAAACGUAUAAUAAGAGCCGCCAGUGGGGGUCAGCAUAGUAUAUUUUUAGUGGAGGAUGAAAAUCAACCUGCCUUCGAAGAGGUUAAGGAAAAGGAAACCGAAAAGGAGAAACCCGCUGCAAAACAAGACAAGAAGAAACCUACAAAAGAAGCUUCUACUAAAAAAGUAGUAGAAACUGAAAAGGUAGAUGAAGAUAAUGCAGCAGAUGAUGCUAAAGCCAAAACAAAUGGCGACAAAAUACCAGAGGAAGAUGCAAAGUCAAAUGCAACAGAUGACGACAAGAAAGAGGAAGAUUCCAAGGCCUCAGAAGCAGCACCACCACCAGCUAAAAGAGGACGCAAGAAAAAAUAAAUUGUCUGGUAAAACAAAACGUCAUCAUCAAUACCUAAACAACAACUGCUAGUACAUAAUAAAAUUAAUAUGACUUAAGUAGCUAUUGUACUUUUUUAUAUACAACUAUUAGUCUCCUUUAAAUAAUAACCUCUAUUAUUUCGUUUUGUUACUACUAACACAAUCUAAUCUAUAAAUUUAAAAUUAAAUUUGAUUAUAAGAUUGUAUUGAAUUGAUUACCUCAUGUUAUAUGCAUACUAUUAUUAAUUGAUUUCUUUUACUUUUAUCUCAGUUAAAAGUCCUCCUUUAACUUUGACAUUUUGAAUUGGUAAUAGUAUGUAAUUUUGUAUUUUUUUCUUAAACAAAAAAAAUUAAUAACUUGUAACUUGUUUUUAAAGCCUUAAUAAAAUCAACAACCUCGACUCUCA